ACCAUAACUAAAGGCCUUUUAAGAGACAGCAGCUCAGCAACAAGUGUGUGUCAAUGCAAAGUAAAUGCUGAUUGCUGCUCAGUAAUUAUGAGUCCUCAAUACUACCUCGGAGCAUUACUGCUGAUGUGUGGUGCACUCGCUUAUCUUCAGGAAGGACCAAGUCAUCUUUCGGUUUACGCCCUACGGUUGGGCCCCGGAGAAGAAAUAGUCACAUCAUUGUUUAAAUUUGUGGAGGAGAAAAAACUAAAAGCUCCGUUUGUUAUCACUUGUGUCGGCAGUGUCACCAAAGCAACACUUAGGCUGGCUAAUUCCGAUGCUCUGAAUACCAAUGAGAUAAUUUCCCUAAACGAGAGAUUAGAAAUCGUUUCCUUGGUUGGAACAUUGAACGAACAUGCUCACCUACACAUAUCUCUGGCAGAUAAAGAUGGAAAAACCAUUGGUGGACAUGCUCUCGGUGACCUAGAAGUCUUUACCACCGCUGAAAUUGUUAUUGGAGAAGCCAGCAACUUGCAAUUCACGCGGGAGAUGGAUAACCACACAGGCUUCCCAGAACUUGUCAUUAGAACGCGAUCGGAGGAUGCUAUCAGUUCCUAGAUUCUAAAUUAUAGGCCUUUUUUUUUGCCCGGGCAAGUGAAUGAGAUAAAUUUGCUUCAAAGCAUGUCUUUGGGUUGCUCUUUGCAUUUUUGUAUUGCUUCCAAUCAUUUGUUCACACAAAACAUAAUCAGUCAUAUAUAAAACAGACCGAGAGAAAUCAUUUUGCUGAAUUCCUUAAAUUUCAUGGUAUUAAUUUGGGCUUUUUAUCAACAUUUGUUUAGAUUAUUUUCUUUGCAAGCUUCAGCUGAGCUGUUCUGCAGGGAUUUAACGAGACUGAUUGGCCCACAGAGGGUAGAGGAUAGUGACAGAAGCUCUGAGGGCUAAUGGAUGUACUGUUUGCUCAUCUUUAUACCGUUACUAUAAGCCACUAAUUGGGAAGGACAGCUCAAACAAGCACAGAGAAGCUGUUGUCAGAUGCGCGUGACAUGGGUCUAAAGAAGCAGUUACGAUAGCUGUGCAGCCUGGCCCUACAGAACAACGUUCCACAUAACCUACUCUCACUUAUUAUGAGUUUAGCUGCUUCAAGUAAUACGGGGACGCAAGUUAUUUCAACGCAUGAUAAUUUAUCAAACCUCUGUCUGCGAGCUGCACAAAGUCAGUCGCUGUAAUUUUUCUCAGAUGUUAUAUGCUGUAGAGAGAAAUUAAAGAAGCUCUGUUGCAA